AUGCCACCCAAGUUUGACCCUAACGAAAUUAAAGUUGUGUUUUUAAGGUGCACUGGUGGUGAAGUUGGUGUCACAUCUGCUCUGGUCCCCCAAAUUGGUCCCUUUGGUUUGUCUCCCAAAAAGGUUGUUGAUGACAUUGCCAAGGCAACUAGUGACUGGAAAGGGCUAAGGAUCACAGUGAAACUUACCAUUCAGAACAGACAGGCCCAGACUGAGGUUGUGCUUUCCGCUUCAGCCUUGAUCAUCAGAGACCUAAAGGAACCUCCUAGGGACAGAAAGAAGCAGAAAAACAUUAAACACAGUGGAAACAUCAGUCUCAAUGAGAUCAUCAACAUUGCUCGACAGAUGAGGCAUUGA